AUGUCUUUCGACUUCCAGGGCCUAGCGAUGUGCGACCAUGCCAACUACGACCAACCGUUCUUAGUAUUAUGCUUCCCGAUCGCGAAGGCAAAACCGGCUCUCUUGCACGCCUGGAUUGCAUGCAGUGUAUCGAUGCUUGCCGACAAGUCACCCUACUGGCGGCAAAAAGCCAUUAUACACCACAAGUAUUCUCUGAAAUACUUGCGCGAGGAUAUUCAAGAUGUCUGUGAUGGCUCAGAGGAAUGGCUGAAGGCGACGAUCUUGAUGCUUCAUCUAUUUGAGGUAUGUAGUGAGAAUUCGCUCUGCCUUGUUGGACUAGGCACUGACUGAGCCGUGACAGGCACACGGACCAAGUGAAUCGAGAUCUGCGUUCUCGACAUUGCAUCUGAACGCUGCGCACCAGGUCUUCAGACGAACUUUAUCCAUGAGACUACCUGCGAGCAUACAUGAGCUGAUGCUGCUGGAGGCCUACACCUUAAGGGUAGCUACCAAUUGCUUGUUCGAGCCAACAAGCGACCUACCGCUGGAUUACGUUCUGCGCUUAACAAGGGCCUACCAAAGCGCCUCAUCUGCCUUCGGACUGACCAUUGCUUGGCGUACAACUCCCUGGGUCUUUCCAAUCGGAUUCGAAUUGAUCGAUCACGUCUACAGAUUGUCAUGGCUUGCUCGUCGUCUACCAUUAAACAAACGGCAGAUUCUUGAGGCGUUCUCCAUAUCACGCGUUGUGGCGAGCCCACCCACCGACACCUGGGCAGUGAGCUACUCAGACGCACCGUGGUACAUCAGCGUCGUGGGAAAUCUCUUCAAGUAUGCCUGCUCAUGCUUGGUCUCUAUCAUCCUCGCCUCAUCAAAUCAAGUGGCCCCCAAUGUCGACAAAAGUAUCAUCGAGGGAUUGGCAGCUUUGGAAAAGCUGACCGAGCAAAGAGGAGUCCACCCGGGCUUACCGUGGGCACUUGCGAUUCUGGGAUGCGCGGUCAGCACCAGGACCGAUCUGAAUCGUUGUCGAAGUAUUGGUGCGCGAUUACAUGGACCAGCGGGCGGAGAAGUCGUGGCCAGAGUGCUGGUUUUGAUCGACGGCGUGUACGAGCUGAAGAGUGCCAGUGCCGGGAGACUUUCAGCGCAGGAUCUGAUCCAUUUCAUAGAUUCGCAGACAAUAUUUAUUUGA